AUGGCUAGUGCCAUCCCAAUGGUACUCGCCAGGCCGUGGCGACGACAGGCCAACGAAUUGGCCUACUUCUUCACAUUUGGCAAUUCGUAUACGCAGACUGGCUUCAGCACGACAGGCGAGCAACCAUCCGCUUCGAAUCCGAUGGGGAACCCAGCAUUGGGAACCGGCACGACAACCGGCGGCCUCAACUGGGUCGGCUAUCUAACAACCGAGCAGAACGCAUCACUUGUGCUAUCUUAUAACCUCGCGAUCGGGGGCGCGACAAUCGACGACUCUCUCGUUGCUUCUUCGCAGGGAGAUCUAGUCAGCCAGGUAGAAACAUUUGAGCAGACAUACGCCAGCAAGCCGGAGUCUGCGCCGUGGACUGCUGAGAAUGCGGUGUUUGGGUUCUGGAUUGGUGUGAACGACAUUGGGAAUGCCUUCUACAACACAGAGGCGGACACGUUCAUUCCGCAGCUGAUGGACCGGCUUAGCUCUUUGGUUGAGCAGAUCAUCAGCGCCGGAGGACGCAAGUUCUUGUUCCUGAAUGUCCCGCCAACGAGUCGGAGUCCGUUCUUCACCGAACAGGGCGAGGACACAGUAGAACAGCAUGCGGCGUAUUUGGAUGUGUACAAUCAGCAGCUUGAGUCGUUAGUAACGGGACUGAGCGCAAACGGUACUGAGGUCACGGCCGUGCUCUAUGACUCGUGGUCUUUUAUGACGGACGUGCUGGACAACCCUGCAAAAUACGGAUUCCAGGAUGCGACAUGUAUCAAUGAGGACGGCGUGAGCUGUGUGUGGUGGAAUGAUUACCACCCCUCGGCGAAAUAUCACCAGCUGCAGGCUGAAGACAUGAAAGCAGUGCUGGCGCCGUUGGGAUGGUAG